AAAAAACUACCUCGCGCUUCGAUAGCCACAUUCUUGCUGUGAUUUAAUAGUGCAUAAUCAGAACUCGAAAGUAUGGUGUAUAUUUUGUGAUUCUACUCAAAAUCUCUGCGCCUAUAUCUCUCUCUUCCCUGAUAGAGAAUUUCAAGAUUUUCUUUAUCAUCAAAACCGAUUUAUGGGUGUCUCUAUUAUUAUACCCUUACUGUUCAUUCGAAACGAAGCUAAAUUCAAUUCCGAUAUUUUUAUGUACAGUAAUCAUAUUGUCUCCAUGUCCAUGAUCUUCUUCUUCUUUAAAGACAUGUAGAACUUUGAACUGUACCUUGUAAGACCUAAUACCGUUUUAUCGAUUUUCAGAAAUUAAUUCACUAGUUACCCUUUUAUUUUUUAUUUUUAUUUUUAUUUUCGUCUUCUUCUAUGCACGGUUUUUGAAGAAAAUCUAUGUGCUUUCUUUCGAAGUCUAUUUCUUGCCGUAUUUUUAUGUGUUCUGUUUAUUGAUUGGAUUUUUAGUGGGUUGUGUUUAUAUUUGUCGAAGCUGAAGUCUUCAAUUUGUUGAAGCUUGAGGAGCUGAAAGUGACACAUGGGCUUUGGUUUAGUUUAUGGUGAUAAGGAAUUAAUCUUUGAAGGGAAAUUAGGAAAUUUGAUAUGGAAUCACAAUUGGGAUUGAUUGGACAGUCACUUGACUUAAGAUACUCAGUAUGGGUUAGGGAAGCUCUAAAUGAAUUGCCUGACAGCUUCACUAUAACUGAUCCUUGCAUUUCUGGGCAUCCGAUUGUGUUUGCUUCAAAUGGAUUCUUGAAAAUGUUCGGUUACUCUGAGGAUGAGGUGAUUGGGAGAAAUGGAAGGGUGUUUCAAGGUCCUAGGACUGAUAGAAGGUCGGUUAUGGAGAUUCGGGAGGCAAUUCGAGAGGAGAGGGCUAUACAGAUUAGUCUAUUGAAUUACAGGAAAGACCGGACGCCAUUUUGGAUGUUGUUUCAUAUGUCUCCGGUUUUCAGUAAGGAGGAUGGUAGAGUGAUUCAUUUUGUGGGAGUUCAAGUGCCUAUUCCCAGGAGGCCAAAGUAUACUGGAUGCACUGUCGUGCGGAAUGCUGUGAAUUCGUGUGAGGAUGGAGCACAUUUUCGCAAGGGCAUGUUCGGGUGUUGUAGGAGGGAGGUAUGCUCAGAUACAGUCAUGGAAAUAGGACGUGCAUCAUCUCUGGAUUCAGUAUCAAGUCCCGAUGAUGGAGAAGAAGAAAUUAAUGAACCUUGUGAGGCAAGUGAGACAGAGAAGGGAAAAGCCAAUGCUGCUCUUAGUAAUAUUUUGUCCAUCCUGACCCACUAUAGUGAGUUGUCUGGCAAAUUGGUGUGUGGAAAGUGCUGCUGCUUAUCUGGGACGGGACGUCUUGUUUCGUCCUUAAAUAUAUCUCUUGGUAGAAUCAAACAAAGCUUUGUAUUAUCUGAUCCGCACUUACCUGACAUGCCAAUAGUGUAUGCAAGUGACAUGUUCUUGGAAUUAACCGGCUAUGCUAGACAUGAAGUAUUGGGGCACAAUUGUAGAUUUUUAAGUGGGCUGGAUACAGAUCCUGCAACUCAAUAUCAGAUAAAGGAAUGUAUUCGAACAGAGCAACCAUGUACAGUAUGUAUUCUAAAUUACAGAAAAGAUAAGACUCCGUUUUGGAAUUUACUUCACAUUGCACCUGUACGGAAUGCUUCGGGAAAGCCGUUCCCCUCCCUGCUCCAAGAAGGGAUAAUUGAAAGCAAAAAGUGAAUGAAGCAGUAACUUAAAGGAGGUUCAUAAUAUUUCUGAGAAGAAAAGAUUAUAUCCUUAUCAUGCUUGUGAAUUAGAUCAAGGCAGUCAUUUGAUUUUUUUAUUUUAGCCAACUCUCUGCUACUUUUCCCCUUCAAGUACUGGUCUAAAUAUUUUAUCUUACUUCUAGAACAUCACUGGCGUAUCUUUUUGUUGAACGGUCUUGUUGAUCGUUUAUUCUUCACACUGACUUGUCUUCAUAUGAAUGAGAGGUUCAUUGGUGCAGCUCUUGCAAAUUUCCCAAGGGCAUUGAUGGCUUUGUUUCAUCCAUCAUCCGUGCUGGAAAUUUUCUUCUGACAUCCUAUGU